UGGACCGGAAGUGUUUGCUGGUGAACUUCCGGUCCGGGCUCUGUAAAGUGGGUGAAAGGUGGUGAAGACGACCUGCUGCAGCUGUGACCCAGUCCGCUCCUGUCGACCCGCACCUCAGACCACCAUGCUGCAGAACACCGGGAAGUUAGCUGGCUGCACGCUCUUUAUCACCGGAGCGAGCAGAGGUAUUGGAAAAGCCAUCGCUCUGAAAGCUGCGAGGGAUGGAGCCAACAUCGUGAUCGCAGCCAAGACGGCCGACCCUCACCCAAAACUGCCAGGGACCAUCUACACUGCUGCACAGGAAGUGGAGGCGGCAGGUGGGAAGGCGUUGCCUUGUGUUGUGGACAUUCGGGAUGAGCAGCAGAUCGGUGCAGCUGUUCAGAAAGCCGUUGACACGUUCGGAGGUAUCGACAUCCUGGUGAACAACGCCAGCGCCAUCAGCCUGACGGGAACCCUGGAGACGCCCAUGAAGAAAGUGGAUCUGAUGCUGGGAAUCAACCUGAGAGGAACCUACCUGACGUCGAAGCUGGUCAUCCCUCACCUGCUGAAGAGCCGCAGUCCUCACAUCCUGAACCUGUCGCCUCCACUCAACCUCAACCCCGUCUGGUUCAAGAACCACACAGCGUACACGAUGGCCAAAUAUGGCAUGUCCAUGUGCGUCCUGGGAAUGGCCGAAGAGUUCAGAGGUCAGAUCGCCGUCAAUGCCCUCUGGCCUAAAACAGCGAUCCAGACAGCGGCCAUGGAGAUGCUGGGCGGAGACGGGGUGGGUAAACAGUGCCGUACUGCAGACAUCUUGGCUGACGCCGCCUACAUAAUCCUGUCCAAACCCAAGGACUACACCGGCCACUUCCUGGUGGAUGAGGAAAUCCUCAGAGCACAUGGAGUCCAAGAAUUUGAUCAGUACGCCGUCCAACCAGGUCACCCCCUGCUGCCAGACUUCUUCUUGGAUGAAGCUCCAGAGGCUCUCGUCCAGCAGAUGGAGCAGCACGGGGCAACCCCAGCUUUCAAACCCCCAUCGGCGGAGACCACGCCCCCCUCUGCUGGACCAAUACAAAGCACCUUUGAUGUAAUCAGAGCAGUUAUUAACGAAGAUGUGGUGAAGUCCACACAGGGCGUCUACAGAUUUGACCUGUCAGGAGAACACAGCGGCGUUUGGUUUCUGGACCUGAAGAGUGGCUCAGGCAGCGCCGGUAAAGGUGAACCAUCUGUCAAAGCAGACGUCGUCAUGACAAUGGACUCCAGCGACUUCAGUAAGAUGUUUUCAGGGAAGCUGAAGCCCACGCUGGCCUUCAUGUCUGGAAAGCUGCGGAUCAAAGGCGACAUGACGCUCGCCAUCAAACUGGAGAAACUGAUGAGCCGCAUGAACAAGGCCAAGCUGUGAUUCUGGAGCUCCGCCCACAGGCUGUCCAGGCCACGCCUCCUCACCGUUUAUAGCUGUACAUGUUGCCUUAAUAAUUAAACACGUUUAGAAGUAAAGUCAGGACGUGUUCUGGUCCAGUCAGACCGGUCCGAUCCUGUCUAUUCUGGUCUGAUUCAGUUUGUGUCAGUCAGAUCUGUCCAAUCCGGGCCGAUCCAGUCUGAUCUAGUUCGGAUCAGGUAGCCCUGAAUAUAAAAUCAUGUGAUGUUUUUAUAACAUUUCUGGUUUUCUCAGUUUAGUAUUUCUGACAAAUUGGGGUGACAUUGGUGUCACCAUGGUAACAAUAAAUAAACAAUAAAUAAACGUGUUUAUGGUG